AUGCAUACUAAUCUGAUUACUAACGGCUACAACAAGCUUGAGCAGUUUACGUUUCCGUUCGAUCCGUCCGCCGCGUACCAUCGCUACAGCAUUCUAUGGAGCCCCUCGGCGGUGACGUGGUUCGUUGAUGCCAUCCCCAUCCGCAUCGCAUACCGUCGGAACAGCCCUGCCUUUCCGUCCAAGCCGCUCCGGAUUCGGGGCUCUAUCUGGGACAGCUCGGCCUGGAGCGUACUCAAGUCCAACUUCAACUCUGGACCCAUCACCGUCAGCUUCAAAAACUUCAACAUUCAGGGCUGCCGCGUCACCAGCCGCAGCAUCCCUCGCUGCGCCACGUACAAGGCUGGGAAGCAGCCGUGGAUGUUUCGCAUGAGCGGGAUGCAGAAGAAGCUGUACGUGUGGUUCCAGAAGUACCACGUGGCAAAGAAGUACUCCUGGGAGAAGACCGUGUAA